AUGUCCACUCUCCCUUUCAUUUCCCAGAUAAAGUCACUCGUACAAGUUUGCACCGGCAACGUCGAUGGUGCUAGGAAGACAUGGAACGAGUUCACCGAUGCUUGGACUCACCACCCGGGCAAGACUAUUGGAGACAUAGUGGAUGGCAUUCCAGUCGUUGGACACAUCAAAGGCAUCGUCCACUUCGCCAUGGGCGACACCGAAGAGGGGAUUGAGGCCGAAGAAUCGGCAACCCGCAGCCUCGCUGUUAUCGGCGCCGCAGCGUUAGCUGGUGCCACAGGUGGAGCUGCUCUCCCUGUUUUAGCUGCUGUCGUGGCAGGCGUCGCUGCAGAUGGAAUAUUGACCGGGAUCGAGAGUGCUCGGCAUCAUAAGUACGAUCCUCAGGGCAUGAUCGGUGUAGGAACAAAUGUCGUCAAGGACUUCUCCCAAAGGAGAGAGGACAGACUCGGGGGCGACGUCUUUGAUGGUGUCGUUAUCGCAGCUAGCGACGGGCUAAUUGGAAAGGGUGGAGUGAAAGUCAGAGCUGGUGCGACGACAAGAAUAUUCCGUGUUGAGGGGAAGAGUCUCAUACGUCAAGGCGACGGCUCUCGACUAGGUCACUUCAUCGCUGGUGAUAACCAGCGCAUAUUCUAUCACAACGGUGAAAUCGCCCCUCGAGAACGCCUACCUCCCCCAUCGACAGCGGAAUCCUUACCUACUGCCCACAUCCCCCUCGAACCUGAGCCUCGCCCUGGAGGUCCUUUCAAAGGUGGGGACAUCAUCGACAGACCAAAUUUCUUCCUACGUUUUGCCCCGGACUUCUUUGACGACAACGGGAAAAUGAUAUUUCUGAAUUUUGGAGAAGAGGACAGGAUGUAUGCGUAUUAUGCACAGAAGUUGCUCGAUCAUCGGGAUUUGGUGAAGAAGUAUAAGGAAUUGUACCACGGUGACGUGCCUAGCAACGUGACCGAGAAAGCUCAUGAUAUACGCGUCAAGUCGUUUGAGGCCAGUGCCACAACUCCGCUGUGUCGAGCAAAGGCAGAGGUACUUACUCGCGACCUCGACCAAAUCGAGAAAGACGCCAUAACCGAAAGACAAAAGCAGCAAAAUCCCGAUUCCUAUCGCGGCGUACUUAACGUUGACCUGAAAGCCCCCAGGCAGUAUGGUCUUACCAGCAACCGCUACACGCCAAUUUUCAGCAAAGUCAUCAAAGACACCUUCCGCUCGGAGCCACUCUGGAUCAGGCAUCUUCCCACGACACUCCUCAAACUGAUCAAUGAACAUCCUGUGGCUUUUGGCAAGAUACGCACGUUCAAAUACGCGCCGGUGGCGGCAGGUGCAGUUCUUCAUGGUCGGGUACCCAUCCGGGAUGUCCUUAACAUAACUACGGAGGAGGUUUCUAGCGAAGAUGUCGCUCCUCUGGUUGUGGCGCACUGUCGUCAUGUCAAGACGAUCACGGCAGCUACUGAAGAGAGUCCUCCUGAUGUCUCCGAGCACUACGAAUAUCUCGUCAGGUUCGAUGAAGAAUCACCAGCAGAGUGGUACCCCGAGACGCUCGUUUCGAAGGAUCUUCAGGACGAUUUUUAUAAACGCGCUAUGGCUUCUGCGCAGCCUGUACACUCAUUUGAUCGGUCCGACCAAGGGAAGCUUAUCGUUCAGAGGCCAAGUGGAUCCUGGGAUGAGAUUGAAGACGGCCAGAUUUUCUGGAAUGAGCAGGCGUCCGGGGAGAACCCUCUAGGGGUGCGCGAGCUUGAUGCGAUAUUGUGCCACAUGUAUCGCAACGACUCAGACGCCGGUCCUCGUAUAUCUCUCGCCACCGACGACGCCAUCCCCGCUUUAAAUAUCUUGCACAAUCCGCCUUGUGCAGACCCCGAAGGUCAACCUGUAUAUCUCGCAUCGGCACUUGACUUCAAAGGUGGGGUCCACCCUUGUAAAGUUGCACCCCAUCUUCGACCUGGGCACUGCAGAGUUUCCUACGGAGGAGCCGAGGUUGUACAUCAAGGGAGGUAUGAGCUGUUGCCUUUCUCGACGGAACUUAUGGAGUUUGUGGAUACGCAAGGAGGGCAGAUACCUGCGGGUAGACGAGUGGUCCUAGGCGGAUACGAAGAUGGAAAGCCGCUUUAUCAUGCUCUCGUCGAUAUUAAUGGUGUUAUGGUACCCGGGAAGGCUGCGCCCCAUCUUGGAGAUAGAGGGGGAGCAGACGCUCCGUACAACGACACAGAGAAUUGGAGAUAUGAACACAAGAUUUUAUGCUGGAGAUGA